CUCACAAAGGACUACAAGUUAUAGCAUGGAAUGAUUCAUAUAGACCCAUAGUGAUUGAGAAACUAGCUAGUUUUAUUGCUCAAUUAAUUUUACCUUCGUUUUUAGCUUUAAUUGCAGCAUCAAGUUUGUUUGAAAUUUCAAUCAACUAUGCUAUCAAAAUUAUUAAGAGCUCGUAAGGCACGCCAAGAUGCCAAGCAACAAAUUAGUGAUUCCCCCAGAAGUGUAAAUUUCCACGAGGAGUACCACAGGGUUUUAAGGACAAAAUCCUAUGCUGAUUUCUUUAACAAAGCUCAAAUACUUGCAAGCCAACCUUCCAUUUUUUUCAACCAGAAUAAAUUUUCAGAAAUUCUCCUAGAACCAAGCCAAGAAACUAUACAUUCCAUUAUUGACACACCAAUCCUUUCAAAGACACCAGAACUAAAGAAUCUCAUGCUAAGCUACUUUGAAAUCAGUGCUGAGGUUUCACUCAUUUGCAGCUAUGUUCUCAAAACAAUCAACCAAGUCCAGUGUAAUUAUCAUUUCAUUGAAAGAGCCCUAGACAUCAUGGAUGGUGUUGAUGACUCUCCAGAAAAAGUCAAACUAAUCAUUUUUGAGCUCAACUCAUUCAUCUUCUCAAAUAACCCUUUUUCAGACCUCAACAAUCAUGACUUCAAGCUCAUUAGUGGUAAGCAUUCAUUAGUGUUGCAUAGUUUGACAUCAAUGAGAAAAAGGAUGGGAAGGAAAGUUAAGCUAAUGACAUAUUUGAAGGAGACAUCAGAAACUUGUGUUAAAGUAGCAUGUGGCUUAGUGCCUAUCACAACAAAUGUUAUAGCAACACAUAUUUUAGCUGCACCAACCAUGGGGCAAACAAUUCUUGGUUUUCCAUGUACUGAGAGACUUAAGAGGAAGCUUCCACACUUGAGGUUUUCAAGAAAGUUUCUUAGUAAAGUUUGUGAUCAGCUUGACAUAGCAUCCAAGGGAACUUACAUAUUAAAUAAAGACUUUGAUACAACGAGUAGAGUUGUGGCUCGGCUUUGUGAUGAAAUUGAACACAACAGAGCAAUGGUGCAACUCUGUUUGGACAAGAAAGAUGAUAAAUUCUCUUUGCAGAUAGUGAAGGAGCUUAAGAAAAGUGAUGCUGGGUUUUGGAGACUGGUGGAAGAACUUAAAGAGCAUGUGUACUUGUGCCUUGUGAAUAUUAACCAAGCAAGAUUUGCGGCCGCGGUUGCAGUUACUGCGGUUGCGGGUAUUGCGAGUAUUGUGAUGCGGAUUGCGGCUGUUGCGGUGAGAAAUUAUUAA